UUAAAUCUGUGUGUGGAUCAUUUAUACUUGAAAAUAAAAAGAUAAAUACUAAUUAACCCAGCAGUUUCACUCAUGAAGGGGGUUUGUGCUUCUUUGUGGGGAUAAUCCCCUAUUUAUCAGCUGUUGUGAAACAGAGUUAUUUAUUGGGAUUAUUGUUUCAAUGAUAGUGGCACAGUGCUCCAGUAGGCGGCGCUGUUGCUUCACACCUCCAUGUUUAGGGGUUUGAAUCUGGCUUCUGCUCUGUCUGUGUGGAGUUUGCAUGUUCUCCACAUGUUGUGUGGGUUUCCUCCAACAAUCCAAAAACGCACAGUCAGGCUAAUUGAUGUCUCUAAUACACAGUGUGUCUUCUAGUUCAUGAUCAAUAUGUAACAUGAAAAAAUCACACCAUUUUGCCACAAACAUACAGCCAGCCCUUUGUUAUGUAUACAAAUCCAUGUAGUUUGCAUUUUUUUUUUGUGGGGAUGAAUUGUUACUAAAGGUAUGCUGACUGACUGAUUUUUCAUUGUAGCAAAGGUCAGUGUUACAGUUGUACUCUGUAAUAUCUGUCCCAGUGCUGCAUCCAUCCAUUGUCUGAAACUACUUGUCUAAGUCAGGGUCCCUAUGGGCGCAAGGCAGGGAACAUCCCAUGACAGGGUGCCAACCCAUUGCAGGACACACUCACACUCCAUUCCCUCACACAAGCACACCUACCGGCAAUUUGACAACUCCAAUUAGCCUCAGCAUGUUUUUGGACUGUGGGGGGAAAUCAGAGUCCCUGGAGGAAACCCCACAAUGACACAGGGGGAGCAUGCAAACUCCAUACACACGGAACUCCAGCGAAGACUUGAGUACACGUGCCAGAGGAGUGAGGCGACAGUGCAAACUAUCCUUUCUCCUGUUUCCACUGCUCUCCUUUUCUCUGCACAUUAUGAAGAAGGAGGGGAUUAAUAAUGAAAAACGGAGCUCUUUGGUCCAGCUGGCUCUGUAUGUAGGACUGAGCUUAUUGGUGCUGCUGUUGGUCAUCAUCAUCACAUGGAAAGUGCGGGACAAACACAAGAAAAAUGUGGCUGGGGGCCAAAAUCUAGGAAGGACAGCACGGAAGGACGGCAGAUCUUUCGGACGCUCGGACCUGCGGAGAUGUAUGAAGACGCUGUUUCGCUCCUGGGUUCUCACUUCGCAGCUCCACAAAGUGUCAUCCUGUGGCAGAUUCUUUUUCGCCGAAGGCGACAGCAGCCGGCUCCAUUACAUCAGCUGCUGCAGAAAGAUGCAUUUGGAUGCCAGCCUGCUUUGAGGCUUUCCAGCUCCGAAAGUCCCAUCUCACAUCACCUCCUAUCCUGGCAAACUGUUCCCUCUCAUGCCCCACCUCUGUCACCUGUGAUGCCUCAGCUGUGGCAGUUGGAGCUGUACUGUCACAGCUGCAGGAUGGAGUGGACUGGCCCAUUGGCUCUGCCUCCCGUGCUCUCACCCCCACCGAACGAAAAUAUUCCGUGGGCGAACGUGAGGCUCUAGCCUGUGUCUGGGCCUGUGAGCGGUGGCACAUGUAUCUUUAUGGCAGGGCAUUUACACUGCGCACUGACCACUAGGCCCUGACAGCCUUGCUUGCAACAGCUAGUACAGGAUGCAAACCACAAUGACCGGUGGUCUGAGCAACUGCAGCAGUACAAUAUCAUCCUGUUUUACCCCAGGUUGUGAUAACGUUGUGGCAGACCUGCUGUCCCGCUACACCCAGUAUCCUGCAGCACCUGACUCCAUCUCUCAGGAACCAGACCUCAGCCAGAUGAUGCACACACCACUGAAGGCAGCUGUCUCCUUUGAUGAACUCCGGCUGGCCUCAGAACCAGACCCAGUCCUUCCUCAGCUUCGUACAUACAUUCGCACAGGCUGGCCGACUGAAGUCUCUGCUGAGGUGACCCCUUACCACAGGGUCAGGGAUGAGCUUUCAUGUUGGAAUGAGCACUGCGUAGCUCGUGGAGCUGUCACAGUGGUGCCAAGCAGCCUUCAGGCCCGUGUUCUUAGCAUGGCACAUGAAGGCCAUUUGGGCAUUGUACAUGUCAAACCACGUUGUAGGGACCUAGUGUGGUGGCCCGGCAUUGAUAGGGACAUAGAAAAUCUAGUUAGGGAUUGUGCAGCCUGCCUUAUGAGCAGGAAAAUGGGCCAACCUGCACCACCCCCUCUGCAGCCUCCGGUUUGGCCCAUCCUUGGGAACAUCUCCAACUGGAUAUCUGUGGGGAACUACAUGGAGUUCCACAACAGCAGCGGUUCCUCCUUGUGGUGUAUGAUCUCCACUCUAAGUGGCCUGAGGUGGUCUCCACUGGCACUGUCACGGCACGGGUACUCACUGACAUUUUAGACGCCCUCUUUGCUCGAUGGGAAGUUCCUCUGGCUAUUACUAUGGAUAAUGGGCCCCAAUUUGUGUCUGCUGAGUUCGAAGCCUUUCUGACGGAUCCAGGCAUCCGUCACAUCUGCACAGCUUCAUAUCACCCCCAGGCCGAUGGCGGAGCGGAGCGUCUCAAUCAGACCCUUAAGUAUGGCAUCUGAGCCCACUUAGCUGAAGGUUACCCCUUUCAGCGGUGCUCCUUCACACACUGCUCCAUUACAGGGCCACCAAGCACAGCACAACAGGCUGCUCACCAGCGUCACUUAUGUUGGGCUGCGAACUGCAGCUUCCACUGGAUCGACUCAAGGCCAGUGGCCCCUCCCCCUACAUGCUGCCACAGGGUGUCCGCCCAGCAGCACAAGAUGAAGCUGCGGUUUCAUCGGUCUUGGGGGACGAGGAACCCCACUAUUGCCGUUUUGGAUUGGGUCAGAAUCCGCCGCGCUCAUCGUGACCACAAGCUGGUCUCAUUCUGGUCCCCUCCUAUUCAGGUGGUGGGGAAGCUAGGGCCAGCUACCUUUUCUCUUUCUGAUGGGUCUCGAUGGCACGCUGGCCGCCUCCGCAAGGUGGCAGCUCCGGAAAUGGCCAGCACUCAUGUUCAUGCUGGCUCCCCUUCAUCAGAAGGUGAUUAGAACUUACCUAUGGAACGAGGUGUGCUCACAUCUGAACCCAUAGUGCAGCACACUCAAUGCCCAGCCGCACAUCCAUUCGAGUCUACAUUGGAGUCCCCUCGAAGAUCAGCUCGCAUCCAGUCUCGCCCAGGUUACCCAAGGGACUUUGACUGAAUUCUGAUAUGUUGACCUUGCACCUGGCUCUCUGUGCAGUUCAUUUAAUGUGCUGGGUACGCUAAGUACUAUUGUGCUUUUCCAUGCCAAAUUGUGUUAAUAUAUUGUUUAUCUGAAACAUUUUAGGGCAUCCCAAACAACUGGGUGAGUGCAGUUUGCCGAAUUA